GUGAUGAGCGCCACCCCGCGCAAGGAGCCGCUAGUGAUCACGUCAUCCAAGUCCAACAUCGCGCACGGCGAGGGCGGCGCUGGUCUCGCAGGCUUCUUCAAGUGCUGCUUGCAAGUGUCCAACUGCGAGGGUGCGGCCAACGUGCACCUGAAGGUCAAGAACCCGCACUUGGACAUGGAGGGCUUCCCGUGCCAGAUCCUCUCGGAGUCUGUGGCCAUGCGCGAGGACGCGGCCUACGCGGGUGUCUCCUCCUUCGGCUUCGGCGGAACCAACGCCCACGCGGAGGCGUGGGGGAAGAACAUCAUGAACUCCAGGGGCUGCAUGGUGUCGGACCCCGUGAAGCUCUUCGAGCGGAAGCUGGCAAAGGCGCCCCCAGCAGAGAUCACCAUGAACGGGGACGACGUGCGGGAUUGGGAGACCACAGGGCUGGAUCCUGCUGGGCAGAUUGGGGACAGAUACAUGAUCGAGCUGGACGAGGACGGUGUCGCCAGCUGGGAGAAGGUUGAUGAGGAGCUGAUCGACUGGGGCGACGACUUCUUCAUCCAGGGCACGUUCAACAACUGGGACCCGGAGGCCAUGGAGAGGUCAGACUCCGUGCUGGGCCUGUGGAUCGGCGAGGUCGUCAUCGGCAGCACCGGCGCGGAACAUUUCCAGAUCAUGGCAGACAACGACGACGAGAAGGUCUAUUGCCCUGACCGACCCCACUGCACCUCCAAGGUGGCACAAGUUCAGGGCCCGAAGAAGGCGGCCAAGGAGAAGAGUUGGGUGAUCCGGGGCGCUCCCGGGGAGAAGUUCAAGGUGGAGUUCUUCCAACAG